AUGGGGGCUAUGUUUGAAGAUGCGCCGGCACAUUCUACAGAUGUGAUUCGCAUCACCUUUGUCACGAGUUUCUUCUGGUACCGUGCCGAGCUGGCCUUGGAGGUGGUCGAUGCGGACGUGGCCUGGAAAGCGGCCAAAGUGGCGGUGGUGCUGCAGGUUGGAGCCUGGUACAUGUACUGCUCCAUCAUCAAGUUCAAGUGGUGCACGAGAAAGGAUCUCAUCGCGCUGGACUUCUAUGGCCAGGGCUUGAAAGUCUACGCUGCAGAGAUGACCCACUCCUUGGACCAGAUUCAGCCCUUCUGCACGCGCGGCCGCGCGAGUGCCUUGGGCUGCUACGUGCAGACGGUCUCCUGGAGCAAUGGCGCGAGGGAUAAGAAGGCCUACCGGGCCAUGAAUGUUCCUUUGCGGAAGGAAAUGACUGCACGUGCCACGCCAAGCUUCCGCUUGGUGGAUUUCUUCGGUUUGGGAGAGGUGAUGCCUGAAGAGGUGGUAGAAGGACAUGGCUCCCAAUUGCUCAAUCUCUGGAUGUGGACAGUGAUGUUCAACGCAAUCUGCCCCGCAGAAUUGGCAAGUCAGAAAGCUCAAGCAGUUUUCACUGGGACCAUGUGCACAGCUGCGGAGCUUAGCUACUCCAAGUGUCCGCAGUAUCACAAACUCUGCAAGUACAACACCGAGAAGUUAGGGGGUCCGAUUUGUAUGAAUUGGGCGUGCUUGAAUUCCGUUCCCUGCACCUUGAGCACCAGAACAUCGCCGAAAAUUCUAGCGGCGGAUGAUGCUGGACUUUGCGAAGACGAGAUGAAUUUCUCAGCCGUGUCGACCCUGGAGACUGUGCCCACGGGGAUGCCGUGGAUCCUGUCGCUGACUACGGCGACCCUGGCGUUGGCUUUGAAGCUGGCCUUGGAGCUGGCGAUGAACCAUCCACCAGUCACAACCCCAGCUGCCCACGGAGCACCACGCGCCGAUGCGAAAGUCACCGGGCCGGAGGGCGAGGCUGUGCAUGACUCGCUUUUGAAGGCGGAAGCUGACCCGUUGCCGCAAGAGACGAAACGACCAUCACAAAAUCAGUUUAGCAUCCCGAAAGCUGGCCAUCAAUUUGCCACGGGUUUGGCGUUGUUUCUCGCUUCAAGCCAUGUCAUCAUCAGUGAGAUCUUCCAGCAGGGCCUCGUUGCGCCCUGGGACUGGUAUGGCUGGGGAGAAGUCUGGAUCCCGUGGCUGAUCAUGGUUUGCGGCUUCAUGUUGUUCGCUUCCGAGCUGCGGAUCUCUGCCACAGAGGAAGAGACGAUCUCAGACUACCAGCAGCGUUGUCCGAGCACAUUCUUCUUUUACCCGCUGUAUGCCUUGGGUUUGUUCAUUUCCUUCGUCUCGGCCAAGUUUGAGGGGAGGGACCUGAACGCAGUGACUCUGGUAGCGCAAGCCUUUCUGGUUCAGAGCUGGGUCCCAGGUGUUGGUGAUCAGUUGCAGCCACAGUGCUGGUUUCUGAGUUGCCUCGCCUUGUACUGGAUCCUCUUUAAGUUUAUUGCACAGAGCUUCAAGCGGCUCAACUUGCUCCAGACCAUUUGCUUGAUGCUGUCGUUGCUGUUGCUGCCGUGGCCCUUGAUGGCUUGGGCCUGGGGUCACCGCCGGGCACAUAGCGACCUCACGGAUUUGGCGCUGAACUUGGGAAGUGGAUGGGAACAUCACCCCAUCAGCUAUUUACACGUUUUCCUCCUUGGCAUGCUGCUGGCCAAACUCCGCCAGCUUCUAGACCCGUUGGCGGCAGAUCUGGGUGACGCGGGUGAAGCGUCCUCGCGAAAUCCCUACGUCAUUGGAUCGCAAGUUUUGGCACCUUUAGGCUACUUGGGCCUGCUGCUGAUUCAAAGCCUUCAGGCCUUUGCACUUCUGAAGCCACUUCUGCUGUUUCAGGUGCUGAUCUUAGCUGGCCUGGUGGGACUUCCAAGCCUUCCGUUGCCUUUCACGGCCUAUGCAUUCUCCAAGUUGAAUUUCUUGGAGGACUGGGAUGUCGGACACAUGCAGGUGGGAGAAGUUGAACAUGGAGAGCUUGAAACCACUAGGGCCUGGGCUGUGGCCAUUAGGGUUGGUCCCACUGCCAUGUUGGUCAUGACCAUGUCUCCAAAGGUCGAUGCAGAGAUGGUGGACAUCGAACCCACCAAGGAUUUGGCUUCCACCUCUGCUUUUGGCCCUGCUGAUGUUCAUUGGUUCCCUGGCCUAGCCGUUCUUGUCAUUGGUUGUGCCUUGAUCCCCAGCACUUCCCUGCCGUCCCUGCCGUCCUUUGUGUUGCUGCAGUCGGAGCUGGUGGACCUUCGGGUGGCUGCGGAGCUGCGGCAUCCUGCGCUGCUCGUGAGACCCAAGCAGGGUGAAGUGAUGCUGGUGGCGCAAAAGCAGUUCAUCACCUGGAGCCGAAGGCUCGGCGUUUAUCGGGGAGACGAUGGCGAGGUAUGGCACGCUGUGAUCCUUGAAGAAACGAUCCAUUCAGAUCUUGUACUGGGUGUGCAGCCGUUGCCUUCUGGAAAUAGCUGGAGGAAGUGGAAGGAUCAGAGUCAGAGUCCUCUUCUUGCCUUUCCAGUUCAGGUCUGGACGGGCCUGCGGACGCCACAAGGGAUGCCGUGGAAAGACCUCUGUGUCGCGGAGCAGUGGUUCCCGGCGAACCGUACUCUGCUGCGGCGGCGUGUCACGGGGCCGGAGGCGGGAAAGUUGGUGGCACUGCACCGGAGCUGGGACGAGUCGGACGACGUGGUGAUGGUGUUUGAGUCAGCCCCACCCAGAGGUGACGUGUGUCCAAGCGAUGAAGACGUCCCGGUGACGCAAAUGUAUUUGUCGCUGGAUGUGCAUGUCUCAAAGCCAGACAAGCACAUUGGAGCCAAUAGAUUGGACUAUGGUUUUUUCAAUGCCAAAGAAAAGAAUUGGAUACCGUUCAUCUACAACGGAUCUUUGCAUUUCGUCUACCCACCUGUGCCUCACGUGAUCGUGUCAGCGCAAGAGGAUGGGAGAAGCCAACGACUCUACAGCACAACAUACCUGCCACUCCAUCGACUUAGGCAGAAGUCACCGCACGCACCUUGUCAGAUUUGCAUCGUGGGGCAAUUCAAAGCGAUUUUUGCAGCCACCCAGACAUCAAAUACAUGA